GGCCUGCAACGCCCAGCGCAUGCAGUUGUUACAGUUAUUUCCCGCCGAAAGUUGUGUGCUACAAUCGUAGCACACGCGAUUAAAAAUCGACAAUAUGAAUCGAGGAUGCCUUUCAGUCACGGAUAAGGACUUUGAGGACUUAAUCAACAAAUGGCUUCAUGAAGUUGAAGUAGAAGAUAGCAAUUUUGAUGACGAAGAAGCAGUUGGAAGUGGUUCUGAGGCCGAACAAGAGGAAGAAAUGGUACCAGAAAACGUCCAACCUGAUUUACCUGAAUAUGACGCCGAGACGCUUACCUCUUCAGAUGACGAUAUUCCUUUGUCGCAUUUAAGAUCACGUAACGCUGGUGAGUUUUACCAUUCCAUUAAUAACACGAAAUGGAGUAAAACACCGCUUCCACACAUCAGAAGACAAGCCCAAGACAUAAAUAUUCGUAUACCUAGCGCUAGAGGCGCUGCACGUGAAGCUGAUACUCCUCUCCGUUGCUUUGAGCUGUAUUUUGAUGAUAGUAUAUUUACACUUUUGGUAGAAAAUACCAACAAAUAUAUUGAAGGGAUAAAAGCCAAGUUUGAAAGAGAACGUGAUGCUAGAUCUACUGACCUCCUUGAGAUUCGAGCGUUUGUUGGAAUGUUAGUUAUGAUCGGCGUCAGUAAAGGAGGCAGAAGAAAUCUAAAAGACUUUUGGGACAAUUCUAAGGGAACGGGUGUCGAAUGUAUUUAUUGUAUGCUUUCCCAAAACAGAUUCAGAUUUUUGCUUCGAUGUCUGCGAUUUGAUGACAGCUCAACGCGGAUUAUUCGUCGUGAACAGGAUAGAUUGGCACCCGUCAGACAUUUUGUUGAACAUUUUAUUGGCAAUUGUCGCAAAUAUUAUUUACCGAGUGAAAUGCUAACACUAGAUGAACAAUUAGUAGGAUUUCGUGGACGCUGUGGUUUCAUUGUUUAUAUUCCCAUAAAGCCCGAUAAAUUUGGUAUAAAAAUAUAUAUGUUAGCUGAUACGAAAUAUCCUUAUAUAUACAACUUUGAAAUUUAUGCUGGCAAACAGCCUGAAGGACCGUUCAACCUUUCCAAUAAAGUAGUAGACGUUACAAAAAGACUUAUAUCACCUAUAUUUGAUUACAAAUGUAACGUCACAAUGGAUAACUAUUUUACAAAUCUUAAUACCAGUUUGGAAUUGCUUUCCAAAAAAAUAACAACCGUGGGAACAAUGAAAGCAAAUCGUCCUGAAAUCCCCGCAGUAUUCAAAGCCAAUCGUUCCCGUAGAACUAAUAGCAGCAUUUUUGGUUUUCAAAAAGACGCAACCCUCGUAAGUUAUGUUCCAAAGCCUUCUAAGUCUGUUAUACUUUUAUCCACAAAACAUCACAAUGACGCAAUUGAUGUGGACACCGGAGAAAAGAGAAAACCCGAAAUCGUGACAUUUUAUAACAAUACUAAGUGGGGAGUAGAUAUUGUAGACAAAAUGUGCAAGCAAUAUAGUGUUAUGAGAAAUUCCCGUAGAUGGCCUCUCACGUUAUUCUUUAACAUGACAAACAUUGCUGGGAUAAAUGCAUUAGUCAUAAACCAGAUCAACUCUUUUCCCCAGAAAAUAGUCAGAAGAGAGUUUCUUUCUACAGUGGCUUUUGACCUUAUGAAACCAUAUAUGCUAUGCAGAAUGAGUAUAACACACAUUCCAAAAAGUAUUCGCACCAGGAUAGGACUACUUCUGAACAUCCCAGAAGAUCCAAUAAUUCCUGAAACCGACAAAAGAGGAAGAGUGGGACAUUGUUACGCCUGUGGAAGGUCCAAAAAUAAGUCCACUAGAAAAUGGUGUAAGCGAUGUAAUAAAUGGGCAUGCAAUGCUCAUCUAGUUAAUAUAUGUCUCACCUGCCAUGAAACUAAUUCAAACAAUUGA